AUGAGUGCUGGUAUAUCUCCGCAGCUUGCUUCUUUUCUUCUCUUCACCCUCUCUCCUCUCAACCCUAACCCGGAGAUACUAGAGAACAAGGAUCUGCUCACAGAACUCACUAAACAGUACCGUGUGCUGGAAGGACGGAAGAAACGAGGAGGAGAGAAGGUUGAGAGAGAACCCCUCAGAAGACUUCUCCGAUCCGCAGCUCCUACCUGUCCUGAGGUUGUGAGGGCCUGUCAGGUUUCUAGUAAACAGAUACUACGAGGUCAAGAUUGCUGUAACAUGUUCCUAGGAAACUUCAGGUAUAGACCUGAAGGAUUGUGCCUGGAGGGAAACCUAGGGAUAAGAGGUCAAGUAGAAGGGUUUCCUCUUGGUAAUGACGAGAAGAUGAGAUUAACCAUGAUCAUCAACACAUCUCUAGUAAACUCAGUUGACCUGGAUCAUAGAAUAGUUCCCUGGGAUACGGUUAGAUCCAGAGCUCUUCUACUCUCAGUCCUUCAUAAGGACGAAGACAGCUGGUCCCGGGAUCCUGCCCGAGAUAUGUUGGUUUGGCCCGGGCACACUUCUACUCUCACUUCAAGACCUGUUCUGUUAAACCACGAGGGUUCAAGAUCUGAUAUGACAAGAUGCAAGGAUGCUCCUGUACUUGAUAAACAAGCAUAUACACAAGCUGGAUGCAGGAAUACUGUUAUGCAAAUGAUUGCUGAAAAGUCUGUGAAUUGUUCUCUUCUUUCCCUUCCGUCAUCUCCAGGAGUUGAUCUACCUGUCUGCGGACCAAUGGAAUCUCUAGCUCUCAUGUACAUAUUGCGAGAACAGGGAGAUAUGGUAACACAGAAUCCUAAUAUUAGAGAACGGUUUCAGAAAAAUCUCAGGGAAAAGUGUCCACUAGAGUGUGAAAGAAAAUACUGGGAAGUGAACACAAUAUCAGCAGAAGUUGAGAACAAGGUUGCAUCUCUGUUCGGAGCUGAACCUGAAGAUAUAUCUAUAGUGGAGUUUAAUCAUGAUCAGACGAACCUUGUUCAGAGUUUACAAUAUCAGUCUGGAUUCAUCGUGCUAAUUAAUAGAUUAGGAUCUGUUACAGGUUGGCUCUCUCUAACAAUACUAAUAAUACUACUCGGUAGAAAGGUGUGUAGGAAAAGAAAGAGAAUAAGAAUUCGUAGAAAGAAUUUAAAUGAAAUAGCAAUAUAAUAUGUUUAUUUGAAAAUAUAUAGAUUAUAUAAUA